CCUCACCAAUCCAGCUUUUCACACUCUCUGCAUCACCUUCACCCCACUACUUUACCUUUUCAAUGACUUCUACUUACCAUUUCUCCAUCUUUGUUUCACUUCUCCUACUCUCCUUCCUUCUCAACCCCACCUCCGCCACACCUCGAAAACUCUUCUCUCUUGUUCAAGAGCAACCUCUCAUUCUCAAGUACCACAACGGGCCACUCCUUAAGGGCAACAUCACCCUCAAUCUCGUUUGGUACGGAAACUUCUCCCCCAUCCAACGCUCCAUACUCGUCGACUUCCUCCAGUCUCUCAAUUCCCACACCACCACGCCCCACUCCGUCUCAUCGUGGUGGCAGACCAUCCAGAAGUACAAAGGAGUCUCCUGCACCCUCGCCGUUGGGAAUCAGAUCCUCGAUGAAGACUACUCUCUAGGGAAGUCAUUGCGAAGUUCAGACAUCAUUUCCUUGGCUUCUACAUCAAACCAAAGGAGCGAAAUAACCGUGGUGUUCACGUCGGCAGACGUGGCGGUAGAAGGGUUCUGCAUGAGCCGGUGCGGGACUCACGGGUCAACUCAGAGUAAGUGGGCCUACGCGUGGGUGGGUAACUCGGAGACUCAGUGUCCGGGUCAGUGCGCAUGGCCAUUUCACCAGCCCAUGUAUGGACCACAGACUCCACCGCUGGUGUCUCCAAACGGGGACGUGGGAAUUGACGGAAUGGUGAUCAAUUUGGCGACUGUUUUGGCGGGAACGGUGACUAAUCCGUUUGAUAACGGCUACUUUCAAGGAUCGGCUAGCGCGCCGUUAGAGGCGGUGACGGCUUGUACAGGUAUAUUCGGGACAGGAGCUUAUCCAGGAUAUCCCGGCGAAGUUCUGGCGGAUGGAACGACUGGGGCUAGCUAUAAUGCUGUUGGGGUGGAUGGGCGUAAAUACUUAUUGCCGGCGAUGUGGGACCCUCAAACCUCCACAUGCAAGACAUUAGUCUGAAGCCUGAACCUAAUGGAUGAUUUGUGUUCUGUGUGGUAGCAGCAAUUGUUUGUUUGGAAGAGCUUUGUAUUCCGAGCUUUGAAGUUUGUUCUUUUUUUUCAUCAACCUUAUCAUAUGUAAAUGUUUAUGUAUCAUUAAUUAAAUUUGUUGCAUUAGUCAACCAA